AUGACACAUGCUGUCUUCCUGGCCCUCCUGUGCUUAGGAGUUGUGUCAUGUGCUUCAGCAUUUGAUCACAGUUUGGAUGUCGAAUGGCAAGAGUGGAAUAUAAAAUAUGAUAAAUCAUACACUCCGGAAGAAGAAGUACUGAAGAGAACAGUAUGGGAAGAAAAUGUGAAAAGGAUUAAACUGCACAACAUGGAGAAUUCCCUGGGGAAGAAUACCUUCACCAUGGAAGUAAAUGAAUUUGCUGACAUGACUGAUGAAGAAUUCAAGGACAUGAUAACUGGUUUUACAUUGUUAAAUAAUAAUACAGUGAAACAUCCCUGGAAACGUGAACUUGGCAGUGUUUUUCCUAAAUCUUGGUCUUGGCGAGAUGCUUUGCCCAAGUUUGUUAAUUGGCGAAAGGAAGGCUAUGUGACUCGUGUGAAGGAUCAGGGACAAUGUAAUUCUUGUUGGGCUUUUCCUGUGACUGGUGCCAUAGAAGCACAAAUUUUCAAGAAAACAGGAAAAAUGAUCCCACUGAGUGUACAGAACCUAGUGGACUGUUCUAAACCUCAAGGCAAUAGAGGCUGUUAUGGGGGUACUACAUACAAUGCCUUCCAGUCUGUUUUGCACAAUGGAGGUUUAGAGGCUGAGGCAACCUAUCCAUAUGAAGAAAAAGAAGGACUAUGCAGGUACAAUCCUAAGAAUUCAGCUGCUAAAAUCAUAAGAUUUGUGGCCCUUCCAGAAAAUGAAGAUGUCCUAAUGGAUGCUGUAGCAACUAAAGGGCCUGUUGCUUCUGGAAUUAAUGUCGUCUACAGCUCUUUCAGGUUCUACAAAACUGGUGUUUAUCAUGAGCCCAGGUGCAAACGUGCUGUGAAUCAUGCAGUUCUGGUGAUUGGAUAUGGAUUUGAGGGAAAUGAAACAGAUCCCAAUAACUACUGGCUGAUCAAGAACAGCUGGGGUAAACGAUGGGGGUUGGGCGGAUAUAUGAAAAUUGCGAAAGACAGGAACAACCACUGUGGAAUUGCUUCAUUUGCUCAAUAUCCUAUUGUGUGA